UGCGCAGCGGGUGCCCGAAAUUCCUGUGGGGUUACCGCGCUAAAUCUGGGGGUGCCAUCCCGAGACCCGGCCCGAAGCAGCGGAGGAACGGAUAUGGACAUAGUGAGCCGAGAUUUAAGACUUUCUUUUUGGUGCAUUUCACUCGGGCCUAUGGAACCGAGUCACGAUAUUUCUACCACUGGUGGGCAUCUGUACGUAGAUUCGUUCCGAUGGAGAGUCCCAAGGGCCGUGGUGCUUCGGUGUCCAGAGGCCUAUGUGCAUAUGCGUACCAGAAACUGCAUCGACUGGUUAUCAAGCUAAAAGUUCUAUUAGGAGAACCCAAGCGAUUUUAUUUUUGCU